AUGGCCGACCAUUUCGGGGCGAUGAACAAGCUGUUUUUGAAGAUAUCAUGAAGAACUACAACAAACACAUGAGACCUGUACGAAAUAACAAAGAAAUGGUCGUGGUGGAUUUUACCGUCAAGAUAAAACAGAUUAUUGACAUUGAUGAACGUGACCAAAUAUUGAAGCUUAAUAUUCAAAUAAAUCAGAGUUGGACUGAUCAGUUACUUCAGUGGGAUCCUGCAAACUAUCGAGGCCUGACCGAGCUGAGGUUUCCAUCCACGCAGAUCUGGAGGCCAGAUACUACCCUCUACAACACGGGUGACCCAAAGGACUACGCCUACGGCAACUCCAGCUCUGCGAACAUCAUUCUGAACCACAAGGGAGUCAUCCGCCUGGUGUCCAAGCCUUUCCUGCAGAGCAGCACCUGUAAGAUCAAAAUCCGCUAUUUUCCAUUCGAUCGUCAAAUCUGCCACCUCAAGUACGGCUCCUGGACGUACACCCAAGAAUAUGUCGACCUCCAUAACUCGACACAGACACCCGACUUCUCGGAUUACCUUGUCAAUGAGCAAUGGGAUAUAUUAGAUGCCUAUUUCAAACGGAACGUGGAGUGGUAUGAGUGCUGUCCCGACCGUUACGUCGACAUUACGAUGUACCUCAGUCUGCGUCGAAAACCCCUUUAUUACCUCUACAAACUCGUCAUGCCCAUUGUUCUCCUCUCUGCUCUCUCCAUGGUCGGGUUCCUCAUGCCCUACAAUGUCGGUGUCAUCAAGGCCAGUCUCAGUGUCACGCUCACGUUGUCGAUGACGGUGUUCUUGCUUCUUGUGGCUGAAACCAUACCGCGGACAUCGGAUAGCAUGCCUCUGAUCACGGAAUAUUACAUAAUAAUCAUGGUUCUGAUUGCGGUGUCGACAGCCAUGAACAUCGCGGUGCUCAAUAUCUUCCAUAUGGGCGAGAGCGGUAGGCGGGAGGUGCCGGAAUGGUUGAGAAAGCUGGUGCUCUACUACGCCGCCCGUGUCAUGUGUAUGGGCUUUGUGGUGAACUACUGGAAGGAAAUGAUGUCGGCGAGAAAGCAACACGCCAUGGACCCCGAUCGGCUGGCCAUGCUGAAAAAGCAGCGAUUCUUUGCAGCAAGAUACGGGGUAUCGUAUACACCGUUGGUAGCUAAUGAUGGCAUGGGUGGCGGCGGACAGACUAGCAAACACGCCAAGAGUAGCUUCACCGGCGUACAGGACGACGGCGAGAAUGACGAAUGGGCCAAGUUUGAGGAGAACCUGUCGGAGACCGGUGACCACCGGCUAUCCCAGCUCGAAGUCGGUGUCGACAGCAUCUUGAAGAACAUGCGGACAAUGAAGCGGAGGAUCGACAGAAAACAGAGGAUCCAGCGAGAGUGGGCGCUCUUCGCCACCGUCAUCGAUCGCCUCCUCUUCUGCAUCUAUGCCUGCUUCACUAUCUCCAUGUCCGUGGUCGUACUACGAAUAACGCCCGCUCAACAGGAAAACGGGCUAUAACAUUCAUUGUACGCGCGAACCAGGGACCCAUUUGAUCAAGAGUUACAACUACUGUAACUUUGCCAUUGUGGCAACUACCAUUCAAACCUUGAUUGUGUGUGGAUCUGGGCCCUGUUACCAUGGUAGUUACCAGAAUGGCUGAGACACAGUAGUUGUAAGUCUUCGUAAAACGGCCCUCAUCAAGAUUUGGGUCUUGAUCUUCUUAAAACCUGACUGGACUUGAGACAUAUUUAAGAUCGAACUAUAAACUCGUUAUUACUAGUAAUUCAAGAAUCCCAAAGCCUAACCCAUGCCUGUAUUUUGCGACGAAGUGGAAUGCAAGCCAAACUGAAGGUUCUUUUGACUGUGUAGAGAAAAGGAAAUCGCAGAAGAUGAUCGGUCAAAAUUCGAGCUAAAUUGGACCGACAAGACUGAGUUGAAAUCACUACACUAGUCGGGAUUUUAAAUACAUUUACAUCAUGUCCUCGGGCGAUUUCCAGUAUUGAUGAUGGUCUUUAGUGUUGAGGUUGUGAAAUAGCCUAAAUCGGGAUCCAAAUCCCGAGCGACGGUCAGAUAAGACGGCAUGACAUAAAAUAUAGGACCGGGUAAUGAUGUCACGCCUCUGACUUAUCUCUCAACUUCAGUAAGGUUAAUUUCGUUUUUUGAAAUUUCCGAUUUCUUUCAACGUCAACUAUUCUCCCCCCCCCCCCAUUUCAGAUAAAUAUUUUAUUUCACCGCGGUUGAAUUCCUCUCUUUUAACGGUUAAAUACAGAACAUAAUUUCACCAGGACCUCUUCCACCCUGAAAAAAAGAUGAUGAUAGUGAUGAUGAUGAUGAUGACGACUACGAUGAUGAUGAUGAUGAUGAUGAUGACGAUGAUGACGAUGGUGAUGAUGAUGAUGAUAAUGAACAGCAUUUGUAUAGCGCCAUUUAUCUCUCAAACCAUUCAAAAAGCAAAGGCCCCCCCCCCCUAUGACACACAUUAUUCACAAAUUUCAGAACAGUUUGCAGAUACAGCUUUUGAUGUCGCAAACAAACGUUCACAAAUGUUUGACUUUUAGCUUGGUUUGUGUUGCAAGAAUUCGUUCUUCAGUGAGAUGCCGUCCCGGGAUGUCGUUCUGCCGUAGGCGAUGAGGUGAGCACUUCAGAAACAUUUACUGUCACAGCAAACUUCCGUGUGAGAUACCGUUCAUGUUCAUUCUUAAAUUGGUCCCGGAAUCCAGUUCAGUGGAAAGCAGCUUGAGAUGUAAUGGGAACGCUCGAAGCGGUUUUGGAAGAGAUCAUUACUGCUCUACCUAAUCAGUUUGGUAAUAAUUUUUUAAAAAUAUCUUUGCCUGUCUUAGAAGUUCUAUGUUUAUGGAAACACAAUAGCGGGAGUUUAUUUUCAUUUGGUCUAAUGCCAUUUCAUAAACUGUCAACUCCUCUACUAUCAUUUGGUCUAACAUCGGUUCGUCCACAUGGUCUUAUUGCCAUUACGUCUAAUAAACAGUUGAUCCAAUUGCCAUCAAGUCCAUAUACCAUUUGGUGUAAUUAGACUACAUUGUGUUAAUUUGGCAAACUGAAUGAAAAUAAAACAGACAUUAGACCAACUGGUUAUGAGACUAAAUGGUCCUAGACGACCAAUGGUUGAUAAACGAAAUGUUGAUAGACGAAAUGGCAUAAGACUAAAUAAAAGUAGACCGUGUGGUGAGUGGACGAGUUGGCAGUAGACGAAUUGGUAAUUUACCGAAGCGGGUCUAGACGACAUGUCGCCCAUGCCCCAAAUUUGUAAACAAAAAAUACCCUUGUUAUUCUGUGCCCCUUGUUUGCACCCUCGAGCAAGUUGAGUCGAGAAUAUAGGGGCUUUUAUUGCUUAUCAAAGAAUUCCGCCCCUUCCUUUGUAUUAUCAUGGAGCUAUUACUCCUCUAUGGUAUUAUGAAAUCAAUCCUGCAUCUGCCUCUAAAUUAGGGUACCACUGCACCAAAAAAAAUUUCCAAAAAGUGUUUAUGAUCAAUAUCAUACCGUUUCGUUCAGAAAUCAUUUACAUGUGGCCGUAAAUUCGGUAUAAAUGGAUGGUGGAAUGCCAACUUUCUCAAAUCAAUAGCCAACAAAAGCUCAUUUAUAUGCCAUAAAUUGUUACGAAGAGAAAAUAAAGUUAUUCAUCUGGACUUACUGUUAUUGAAACGGAGAACAGUUUCACAUCCGAUCCUGGAAGCUUUUCCAGCUUCUCUAAAAUGUCGGGAAAUCGUCGCUGCCAUUUACGAUUGUCUUUCCGCCCUUUCACACGGCAAAUAAAGCUUAAUUUGAAUGAUGAUUUCAGUGAAAAAUAAGGUUAAUGACGAAUUUUUAGCACGUGUGAAACCAAAUUAGAACAUGUUAGAAUCACGAAAGCUAACCACAAUCACGAAUUCAGAUUCUACUCUGGAGGUGAAUUCCAGUAAAUUUCACUCAAAUUACGUACGAAUUUUUGCGUGUGAAAGGCUUGACCUCUAAACAUCUUUUGGGGGCGGAGCUUACUUGACCUUUCAAGCACUUCCGUAGAUAAUACAAUUGUUAUUCACUCAUCGUAGUUUGCAUUUGCGAUGCAGUGCUUUGAUUGACAAGUCACCAAGGACACAUGCCGCCUUCGCUCGGGAAUCCGAAUUCAAAUCACAGUUUUCGAAUGAGCAUGUGAAACAUGCGAUGAUUCUAAAGACGAAUUGCAAUCAUCAUUACAGUUCUGAUUCAAUAUUCACGUGUGAAAAGGCCCUUUGAGACAUCAAAGAAAUUUCCGGAUUACUGGAUUGUAAAUCCGUCAGUGGUUGUGUCGUAAUCCUCAUCCGUUUUUAGAGAUGGGUUCUCCACGGCGGGAGCCGAAGAAGCGUCCCGUGGAUCGGACGUAAAAAUGUUCUCCGUUUUGUUAAGACCAGAUGAACAGAUUUAUCUUCUCUUUCUCUCCCUGGAUGAUUCAAAGAAAACAUCAGUUUGUUAAAAAUUGUUUGAAUGGGACAUAGAACCUUGACCUCUAAAUUGUGCUAUGAUAUACAUGUAUUGUUCAAUGUACUUUUUUUUCCUUUUGGCAAUGUUGGGCAAAGUGAAACAAGUGAUGCACCUAAGUGGAAAGUAUUGCUUUGUAACUGACAAGGUCUAUUUGAAUUUAUUAUCUAAAAUUGACUUUUACGAAACCAUACGAAAGUUCAAGUCUUCAAAAAACGGAGAUUGUACACCGGAGAUGAGGAUUUAAAGGGAUACUUGCGUCAUUUCCCUGUUUGUAUGGAUGCAUGGGAACGAUAUGAUCAUUACUUUGAUAAGUUUGCUUUACUUCUAUGUAUUUAGUUCAUUCCAUUAUUUUUUAUUAUUUAUUUGAUUUUAAUAUAUUUAAUUGUUUUCCUCGUUUCUUUAUUUGAUAUGUUCUUUAACAUAUCUUGUUAUUUCUUUGUUUUUAUUUUUUCAUAUCACAAUUUUCAUUUUUUUUUAAUUCAUUUUCUUCAUUUUUUGGCGGGAGGGGGGUGUUAGACAAAUGUGAUGGUAACCUUUUCUUUGGCUGACCCUGUAACAAAACCUGCCCAUAAGUACAAAGAUAACGUCCCCGUCUGUUGUGUAAGAUAAGGCAAAAUUGGUCAUUUACAAAAGAGAAAAAUCUUACACAGCAAGCAAUUAUGCUUCAUUUUCUCUCAAUAUUGCCAACGGUCUUAUUAACAAAUUUUGUGGUGUCACUCUCUGGAUAAGGCUUUAGUUGUCUAUAUGUGUAUAGUUCAAAAUAGUAAAGUUUUAAUGGUAAAGUCCAUUCGAGGAAAACAGUAAUUUGAACUAAAAAAAGAUUUAUAAUGAAAAUUAAUGAAACUGGGUGUAAAAAUUAAAGUUUUGCUAAUAUUUUACAAAUCACUUAUUAUCUAUACUAUUCAGUGGUAUGCAAAUCUUGGUCAAUGGUGUUACUAACUCACUCUUUCUAUUGUGUUUGUUUAUUGUUUGAAUUAUAGAAUAUGUCAAUGUGUGCAGACGUUAAAAUAAGGAUCCUCUAGACUGAACCACAAAAUAUUAAAACUAAUGCAUUUCCACAUGUUCAGGGAGAAAUAAAAGUAUCACUUGACCGUGAGGGAAAAAAUCCAAACGUUUCAUAUUUCAUACUAUAAAAUACAAAAAGAAACAAUGAGCGAGUGAUAUCAUCCCCUAAUUUGCAUACUUGACCAGAAUGUGCAUUAACUGUUUUGUGAAAUAAAGUGAGAAUUUAAAAUGUUAUCACUUUCUUAUUUCAAAUCGUAUUUCAAUGAAACUU